AAUCCCACAGAAUUUUUUGAGGACAUGGUAGUUGAGCAUGAAUAUGUUGAAUGUACUGCAUCGGUAAUUGAGGCUCUUGUAUUGUUUAAGAAACUAUAUCCGGAGCAUAGGAAGAAAGAAAUCGAGAAUUCCAUUAUUAAUGCGGUUCGAUUCAUUGAGGAUACCCAAACAACUGAUGGUUCAUGGUAUGGUAAAUGGGGAGUUUGCUUCAUUUAUGGCACAUACUUUGCUGUUGCUGGGCUUGCAGCAUGUGGCAAGACUUACUCUAAUUGCUCUACAAUUCGAAAAGCAGUUGAGUUUCUUCUCGCAACACAGGGAGAGGAUGGUGGAUGGGGAGAGAGCCAUCUAUCAUGCCCAAAAAAGAUAUACAUACCCCUUGAAGGAAAUCGUUCAAAUGUUGUACAAACUGCAUGGGCUCUGAUGGCUCUCAUUCAUUCUGGACAGGAUAAGAGAGACCCAACUCCUCUUCAUCAUGCAGCAAAGUUGCUCAUCAAUUCUCAACUGGAAGAUGGUGAUUGGCCACAACAGGAAUGCACAGGCGUAUUCUUGAGGAAUUGCCUUAUCCAUUAUGCAAUGUAUCGAAAUAUUUUUCCAAUGUGGGCUCUAGCUGAAUAUCGCAAACUGAUGGAAUUGCCUUGAAUGGUACUUUAGUUUAUACUAUUAGAAUUUUUUGUAAUUACUGUGGGUUAAAAUCAACUGUAUUUUUCUUGUUUUAAUAAAAAAUUAUCUAAGUCAUUAUAUAUAUGUGGAUGUAGUAUAAAGCCCAAUUAGUUAAGUGAUAUUGGUUUAGACCUUGGUUUGUGUAUUCUACCUAAUAAAAAAAAUUAUUAUGU